AUUCUGUCGUCUAUACAUUGAGGCCGAAAGCACCGUGAGUUGAGUUUGAGAAGAAAACACUACAAGUCGAGGAGAUUAUGGCGGCCAAUUUUAAGGUGUUGACGGAAGAUUCCCAAUUCCAGACGGAGUUGAAUCAGGCGGGAGGCAAGCUUGUGGUGGCUGAUUUCACUUCGGCCAGAUGUGGUCCAUGCCAGCGUAUAGCACCUGUCUUUGCAGACAUGGCAGGGAGAUUCCCCAAUGCCGUGUUCCUCAAGAUAGACGUCAACCAGUGCUCGGGGGCUGCUGCAUCCCAGGGUGUGUCAGCAACACCAACAUUCAUCUUUUACAGGAAUAAGACGAAGUUGGACAGCUUACAGGGCGCAGACCCAGAGACGCUGAAAGCCAGAGUGAGCCAACACUAUGGGGAUGGAGACAACGAGGAAAUGGAAGACUCAGGUGUUCCUGGCCAUAUUGACCUCCUCCCCAUGGUGAACAAAGCAGGUUGCGAGUGUCUCAACGAGAGUGACGACCACCCCUUCACGCAGGCACUCAACUCAGCUGGAGGUUACCUGGAGUCAGACACAGAUGAGCAGCUCAUCCUCUACCUCUCCUUUAACCAAGCGGUGAAACUACACAGUAUGAGAAUCAAGGCCCCAGCUGACUGUGGUCCAAAGACGAUAAAGGUUUUCAUCAAUCAGCCACAUACCAUCGACUUUGACACAGCGGAGAGUGCCAAUCCCAUCCAGGAGAUAACGUUAUCUCCCAAGGACUUAGAAGGUGAAUUAAUUACUCUUAAAUAUGUAAAGCUGCAGAAUGUGAUGAAUUUUACCAUCUUCAUUAAAGACAACCAGACUGAAGCAGAAACAACCCAGAUAUCAUACCUGCAGAUUAUUGGUUCUCCUGUCCAGACAACCAAGAUGGCUGAUUUCAAGCGUGUAGCCGGCAAAAAGGGAGAAAGCCACUGAGAUCUUCCAGUCCAUUUUAGCAAAAAGAAAUUUCAGGUCUCCAUAUUGAAUUUGUUUAGAGUAAGAUAUAUGAAACUGUUUGGCCAACUACAUGAAUGAAAAGAUUAUAAUAUUUUCUGGGAUAAAAUUUUAAAAUUGGAUCUAGAUAGUGGAAUGGUAAAGUUAUAAUCUUAUUUUUAAAAUUUUUCAGCCAAUUUGUUUUUGUGUUAAAGAAAUAAAACCGUAAACAUAAAAAUAAACAUUGAUUUCUGUAUCAUGUACUUGGUUGGGAUGGCGGAGAGUUCUUGGGGUGUAUAACACGAGGAAAGGGUUAGUGCCUAAUAAAUUUUUAAGAAUCAAAGAGGAAUUGUACUUUAGUGUAUUUGUGUGUGACUACAGAAGUCACUAGUUGACAAGGUUGUCUACUGUAUCCUUUAAAAGGGUUAUUCACGCUGAACAGGUGCUUGAAUGAUAUCUGUCUGUUUGGUGCAGCAGAAACUAAGAAAAAAUGGAGUAUGGAUCCUAGGUUUUCAUUUUGUACCCUUCUCUUCACCUCCAACUUCUGUUGUAAGUCACAAGACGACUCAUUGCUCAUUUUGAUUUAAGUGCUUGCUGGUGGUGUUAUAGUGGUUGAGGCAAGGAUGUAAAUGUGCGAUACAUUCAAAGACCAGAAAAAAUGUAGUAAUUAAGGAAGAAAUAUGCAUAUCACAAACCACAUGUGAUUGAGUAAUCAAAUGUUUCUCUUGGUACAUCUUAUGCCCUGAAGUUAAUUAGGAACAGCAUUGAUGAAUGAUAAUUUGAUUACAAGAAAAGUUCCCACUAAAUACAAUGAAACACUUCAUGAUUUUAAAUGCUGUAGUUGUGCAAAUCCCCCCCCCCCCCCCCUCCUCACUGUUGUGUCCCAGUUUGUUCGGCAAAGUAGAUCUCGAGAUUACCAGCACCUUAGAUUUUUUUUCUUUCUUUCUUUCUUUCUUUUUUUCUUUUUUUUUUUUGUGUGGAAAAGAUGGGUUUGAUUUGUAGUGUUAAUAUAAAUAAGUUAAACAUAUCUUCAAGCAUCCAGAAUACACGCAGAAAGAGACAAAAUACUGGAAGGGAUUACAACAUAUAAAAUCUGUAGAAUAGUGGUAAUUUGUGCACAAUACAUGGGAAGUUAUCAGAAUUCCAUAGUCCACAUUUGAUUUAUGAGGAGGGUAAGAGAGAGAGCCAGUCAGUCAUCGUCCAAGACUGUUAAGCCUAAUCAUUUAUUUUUUUUUUGCGACAGAUCCACUAGAGUGAAAGGGUGCAUCUGUGCUUUUUGAUCUACACAUUUUUAACUGGUGGUUGAUGCUCAACAUUUUGCAAAUGAAGACUUGAUAUAUACACUAUGCAUCAACAGAUUAUCAAUAAAUUAAUUUAAACACUAGUCCAAGAGUAUGUCAAAAGAUAAAUUGAAGACAACUGUACAAUUCCUGCAAACAAGAGAAUAAAUGUCUUAGCUUUGAAUAGUU